AUGCACGUGGUCUCACUGGUGAAGCUGCUGAUACCUGACCUUAGGAUUUUCUGAUACACAACAUGGCUUAGUCUGGUGUUGUGUGCCACAAUGAAUACUUUGUACCUUUGGCUCGUAGUUCACACGGUCGAUCAGUGAGCAUGAAACCCGUCGUGGUGUUUUAAUCAUGUCUGUUUACCGCUGUGUGUGUUUACUGAGCCGCACACACAGAGUCGGUGCUGUGUUCAGCUCUGUUAGACGUGUGCGUGUGUCAUACAGAGCUGAGCUUCUCUCUUCAUCCCUAUGUAGACCUGCGUGUUCAGGCAGCUCAGGGAGGCCCCUGGACACCUCUCUGUUUGUCCCACUGGCAGUGAAAAGCGACAGCGUGGCAGAUGGAGAAGUGGGAGCUGAAUUAACGCGACCGCUUGACAAAGGUGAACUUCUCAAAGUGCUGAACAGAUUUUACAAAAGAAAAGAGAUGCAGAAGCUUGCUUCUGAUCAGGGGCUUGACGCUCGUCUCUUCCACCAAGCCUUUAUUAGUUUCAGGAAGUAUAUUUUGGAGAUGAACGCUCUUAAUGCCGACCUGCACAUUAUACUUAGUGACAUCUGCUAUGGAGCAGGACACAUCGAUGAUAUUUUCCCAUAUUUUAUGAGACAUGCCAAACAGAUCUUUCCUAUGCUGGACUGCAUAGAUGACCUGCGCAAAAUUAGUGAUUUGCGUGUCCCAGCGAAUUGGUAUCCUGAGGCCCGGGCUAUUCAGCGGAAGAUAAUUUUCCAUGCUGGUCCCACUAACAGCGGUAAGACCUACCAUGCCAUUCAGAGAUAUCUGGAGGCAAAAUCUGGCAUUUACUGCGGUCCUCUCAAGCUGCUGGCACAUGAGAUCUUUGAAAAAGGCAACAGUGCAGGUGUACCAUGUGAUCUGGUGACAGGAGAAGAGAGAACCUUUGUGGAUCCAGCAGGGAAACAAUCUAAUCAUGUAGCCUGUACCAUUGAGAUGUGCAGCGUUACAACUCCAUACGAAGUAGCGGUCAUCGAUGAGAUUCAAAUGAUCAGAGAUCCUUCUAGAGGAUGGGCCUGGACUAGAGCUCUGCUAGGACUGUGUGCUGAGGAGAUCCAUGUGUGUGGAGAACCUGCAGCCAUCAGCUUCAUCACUGAACUCAUGUUCUCCACUGGCGAGGAGGUCGAAGUUCGUAACUAUAAGCGGUUGACUCCGUUCUCUGUCUCGGACCACGCAGUGGAGAAUUUAGACAACCUGAAGCCCGGUGACUGCAUCGUGUGUUUCAGCAAAAAUGACAUCUACUCAGUGAGCAGGCAGAUAGAGAUCCGAGGCCAGGAAUGUGCUGUUAUUUACGGCAGUCUGCCACCUGGUACCAAGCUGGCUCAAGCUAAAAAGUUCAAUGACCCAGACGACGCCUGUAAGAUCCUCGUAGCUACCGAUGCAAUUGGAAUGGGUUUGAACUUGAGCAUCAGGAGAAUCAUAUUUAACUCCCUGGUGAAGCCCAGCGUGAACGAGAAAGGCGAGAAAGAGAUGGACACCAUUUCCACCUCUCAGGCUCUGCAAAUCGCAGGCCGAGCAGGUCGCUUCAGUUCCAUGUUUAAAGAAGGAGAGGUGACCACCAUGCAUCGUGAUGAUCUGCCUGUGCUGAAGGAGAUUCUGAGCCGAACUGUUGACCCUGUGGAGACUGCAGGUCUGCACCCCACUGCAGAACAGAUAGAGAUGUUUGCUUAUCACCUUCCUGAUGCGACACUCUCCAAUCUCAUUGAUAUAUUUGUCAGCCUCUCACAAGUAGAUGGCCUUUAUUUUGUCUGCAACAUCGAUGACUUUAAGUUCCUGGCUGACAUGAUCCAGCACAUUCCUCUAAACCUGCGCUCUCGCUACGUCUUCUGUACAGCACCCAUCAACAGGAAACAGCCGUUUGUUUGCACAUCUUUCCUGAAGUUUGCUAGGCAGUUCAGCAGAGACGAGCCGUUGACUUUUGCCUGGGUGUGUCGACACAUCAACUGGCCACUGGUCCCUCCCAAAAAUAUCAAGGACCUUGUUCACCUGGAGGCUGUGCACGAUGUGCUGGACCUCUACCUUUGGCUCAGUUAUCGCUUCAUGGACAUGUUCCCUGAUGCCAGCCUCGUCCGUGAGAUCCAGCAGGAACUGGACAGCAUCAUUCAGGUCGGAGUGAGAAACAUUACACGGCUCAUCCGUGCCACAGAGGGGCAAGGCGCCAGUGCAGGUUCUGCGGCUGAAUCAAAAACCUCCCCGCUCCCAGGGCUAAGACUGAGAAAAGCUCGAGGGUCCAAAUCCCAAGUUCAUAUUAAACAGGACGUGAUGGGUACGGAUAAUUCGCUCAGCACACGUCUGGUACAGGAGGGUCUGCUCACGCCAGAGCUUCUGCAGCAGCUGCAGAGAGAGUGGACAAAAGAUCAGAAAACCAGUGGACCUACAGGGACUAACAACAAAAAUAAGAAAAAGAAAUGAGCAUUUGGCAUAAGGCUCACUUUUUUAACGUUUACAUCGGGACUUAUUUAACAAACAGUAAUAGUUUAUCAGUUAUAUGUAGAUCUGUGUGACUGACUGAAGACUAAGCUUCAGGUUAUGAUUCAUAUGUGAAAGACUAUGCAAGUGUGAACGUAGCAUUGCUACUAGGUUCAAAAUAAAACACACUAAUAUUUUU